UGUCUAUAGCACUGCCUACCACAGAUUUGUGAUUAAACAAUCACACGUCUAUCACUGUGCUUUUCUCUCUGUGUGUGUGCCUUCGUCUCAGUCUCUCUCUCUCUCUUGCAACACCAAUGGCUGACCCUGCUCUUCACCCGGAAACCCAACCCCUCAAGCAAAUCGCCAUAGAUUAUACACCAGAAGCCUGCUCCCAUUGCCCCGAUUCCAAUACCAUUACCCUCACCUUCGACCACCGCGGCGGUGCUAGGUGGCGCACCACUACGAGGUACCUCUACGGCACCUUCAGCGCCCUCAUUCAGUGCCCCAAAGGUAACACCAGCGGUCUUAACUUCAACAUUUACCUCUCCUCCCUUGAGGGUGACAAGUCGCAGGACGAGAUCGACUUCGAGUUCUUGGGGAAGGACAGGACAAUUGUGCAAACUAACUAUUACACUACCGGCACUGGCAACAGGGAGAGCAUUCACCAAUUGGGUUUCGACUGCUCUGAUGGGUUCCACGAGUAUGUGAUCAAGUGGGGUCCCAACGAGAUCGAGUGGCUCAUUGAUGGGAAGUCGGUGAGGAGGGAGGAGAAGAGGGACGGUGAGGGUUUUCCUGAGAAGCCCAUGUUUUUGUAUGCUUCCGUUUGGGAUGCGAGCUACAUUGAUGAGGGGAGGUGGACAGGGAAGUACGUGGGGUGUGAUGCGCCCUAUGUUUGCGUCUAUAAGGAUAUUCGGGUGCCGGCUGAGACUGCACGAGAGUGCUCUUCUGAUUCCUGAUCUGGGUUAUUGGUACAUGAGAUUGUGUUGAAAUGCUAUGGGAAGUACAGUAUACAGAUGCAUACGUGGUGGAUGGAAUAUUCAAAUAGCUAAAAACUGGUCAAUGAAAUCUAUACAGUGCUAGUCUCUUGCCCUUUCUAACUUUCAUAGUACAUCCCCAACGUUUGCUGGCAAUUUUUUCUUGGCACUUUGCUCCUUAAAUUUACUUCUUGCAUAUAGAAAAUCUUGAUACCCUUCUAAUAGAAACUUUCAAAUUUUUAGAUCCUAGUUUUGCUAUGGUGUACAUCGCCUGAGUUACGAAGAUAGUUCUGUAUUCGAAAUGAUGCCAGAGACUUAACUCUUGAUAUAUGUAAAGAGAAAUGUUAUUCAUCA